AUGGCUACUUCUUUCAUUGCUGGAAAAUCCAUAGUAUCCUCAUCAGCAGUGGCAGUGGCUGCUGCCUCUCCCUCCUUUUUGGUCCCCACACCCGCAUUUUCCUCGGACCAGUAUUGGCCAUUGGGAAAAAUUGCAUUUUCAUUACUACCACUGGCAGGAGGAACUAGACGAGCUACUGUCGAACAAUGCAUUGUACCAAAUACCAUGUGGACGUUUGAUCAGAUUCAGGGAAUUGUCAAUGUCAAUGUGCCCGUUCGAUCCACGGUCAUUGCCUUGCAACAAGGAGGACUCUGGAUUCACAAUCCCGUAGCGCCUACGCAAGAAUUCCUGACACGGAUACAAGAAUUGCAACAACAGUACGGACCGGUCAAACACAUUGUACUGGGAACGGUCGCAUUGGAACACAAGGCCACUCUGGGUGCCUUUGCACGCAACUUUCCAGAAGCAAUUGUGUGGGUUCAACCGGGACAGUGGUCUUUUCCUCUUCCGUUUCCACUUGAAUUGCUAGGAGUCUCACAACGCAAAAACAAAGGAACACUGCGAGAACUAGUACCACAAGAGCAAUACACAACAAAUCCACCGGAAUGGAUCAACGAGAUCGACUACGAAAUACUGGGACCACUCAAAUUCCAAUCUGUUGGAGCAUUUUCCGAAACUGCAUUCUUCCACAAGCCUACCCAAUCACUACUCGUCACUGAUGUCGUCAUUAGUGUCACUGAAGAACCGCCCGCCAUCAUCCAAGAAGAUCCACGAGCAUUGUUGUUCCAUUCCAGAGAUUCCGCAGGAGACGACACUCUACUACAGACGGGAGAUACCCCCCAAUUGAGACGCAAGGGAUGGCGUCGCAUGGUACAAUUCGGGCUCAUUUUCUUUCCUUCACAAAUCAACGUCCCUUCGCUGCGUCAAGACAUUCGGGAUGAACAAAUUGUACCACCGCCACUGCGCAAUCUGGGACAAGCAGCUGUGCCAUUCAAUUUGUAUCCCUGGACGUGGAAUGACGACAACGAUGUUGACAAUUUUCGAGCCAUUAGCAACAACGGUGCCAUGUUCUGCCCUCCGAUUCUUACCAAACUAAUUCUGGAUCGAGAACCACAACGGACACUGGCAUGGGUCGAUCGAGUCUGUGAACGAUUUCGAGACAUGAAACGCGUUGUCCCGUGUCAUUUGAACAAUGACAUACAAGUCACAUCCGCCAAGGAAUUCUCACAAGCAUUUAACAGUCUGCGGUGUAGCAGCAGUACAACAAUAACCGGACGAGGUCCACUUCGAGAGGAUUUACGGUUGCUACAGAAUGCAUCGGAUCUUCUCACACAACUGCAAGUUGUAGCUCCCACGCAAGUAGAGUGCCGGCAAUAA